GCGGAAGAAAGAAAAAAAGGAAGAAGCAAGCAGCCUGAAAUAUCACCGGAGCGGUGGAUCGUUCGGCUCGCUUUCGUUCGAUUCGGCUCGCACAUCGUUUCAAAAUUGGAUAGCCCCUGCUGCGCAGAAUUAUGUUUGGAAACUAUAUUCUAGCUUGGGACCCCCUUGGUUACCAGAAUGAGGAGCCAAGCCCACAGUGCCUGAUGAGGGUCAAGCGGGACAUCGCCGACUUCGACGCCAAGCCUCCUGCGGGAUUGUUCAUCGCGCCCGAUGAGGAAGACGUCACCAGGAUUCACGCCCUGGUCGUCGGUCCUGGUGGAACGCCAUACGAGGGAGGCUUCUUCCAGUUCUUCAUGAGGUUUCCAUCUGACUACCCUCUCAGCCCACCGCGCGUUCGAAUCAUGACCACGGAUGCUGGCCGAGUGCGCUUCAACCCGAACCUGUACGCGUGCGGCAGGGUCUGCCUCAGUAUCCUUGGAACCUGGACCGGACCACCUUGGAGCCCGGCUCAAUGCUUGGAGAGCGUGUUGAUAUCUGUGCAGUCCCUGAUGACCGAGAAGCCUUACUACAACGAGCCCGGCGUUGUCAAAGAACGGACACCUGGUGAAGCCGACCGCUACGGUGACUACAUUCAGCACGAGACCAUCAGGGUCGCGGUGUGCGACCAGGUCGAAGCCGCUCUCAAGGAGAGCCCUGACUGUCCGGCGGUCUUCAGGGAACAGAUCAUCAAAUCCUUCUCCGAGUCCUACACCAGGUAUGAGGAAAUCGUUAAGGGAAAGCUCCAUCUGACAGGCACGGAAAUGAAGGACUGUUUCUCCCUCAAUGUGACGGGUCAUUUCCAGUACGAGGCACUGCUGGCCAGGAUGGAGGGUUUAAAAGAGCAGAUCAAGCAGAAAAGCGAAGCUACUGCUGCCGCAGCUGCUGCGGAAGCUGCUGCGGAAGCUGCUGUUGCUGUUACUGCCGCUACUAACACUGACAUUCUUCAGUAAGAGUUGAGAAAACCAGUGAGUGAAUGGUAGGAAAACCAGAAGCCUGCUGAGCAAGCCUUGGGAAGAAGUUAACUGAAACAUUGCAUCUCAAGUUCUUCAGGUUCGUCACGACGUGCUACUCGCAUCUGCCGAAGAAAAUGACACCCAAAAUUAUUUUCGCCAGAGAAGAGGUAUAUGGGAUUAAAUGUCUGAGUGUCGUUUUCAA